AAUUUUAGACAAAAAUUCUUUUAAUUAAGUAGAGUAGAAUAAUGGAAGAAUGGAAAAGACCUCAUCAGUUACUACACGACGUGAAGACAAAGUCAAUUGAGAAGACACUUUUACCUCUUAUUAAGCAAAUAUCAACACUCGUUCAGCAUCGUUCGGAGCGAUCACAUAUAGGAACAUCCGAGAGAACGCUACGUGCUAUAGGACGAGUUGGACAAGGUGUAAAUCUUGCGGUUGAAAGAUUUGUGACUGUUGGUGAAACGAUAGCAGAUGACAAUCCUGAUAUUAAACAAGACAUGUAUGAUGCUUGUAAGGAGGCGAGAGCUGCUGGAUCAUCAAUUGAACGACUGUGUGAUGUAGCAGCGAGUGAUCCAAUGGGAUAUGCACAGUUGGAUGAUCGAGGGCCAAUGGUGAGAGCUGCUAGGUCACUACUGGGAUCAGUGACUCGUGUAUUAUUAUUAGCAGAUAUUGUAGUCGUUAAACAAUUACUAUUAGCUAAGGAUAGGAUAUCGAGGACAUUAGGUAGACUAGAAUCAGUAGCAACAUUUACAGAAUUUGUGAAAGCAUUUUCAGUAUUUGGAGCGGAGAUGGUUGAAUUGGCACACAUAACAGGGGAUAGACAAAAUGAUCUGAAGGAUGAAAGAAGAAGAGCACAGAUGUCAGCAGCUAGAUUAGUAUUAGAGCGAUCAACUAUGAUGUUGCUUACAUCAUCAAAAACAACUCUAAGACAUCCUCAAUGUACUUAUUCGAAGGAGAAUCGCGAUACCGUUUUCUGCCAAAUGCGACGUGCCAUGGAUUUAAUUCAUUAUGUAGUUAAGGACGGAGUGCUAGAAUCGACAAAUGAUCGAAAUGUUUCUCGGCAGCAGACAAUUGAAUGGGAUGCUGAGCGAAACACGGCAUAUACAUGUUUAAAGCAUUUCUCUAGACUUGUUGAAAUGGCACGACCUCGAUUUGAUAAACCACCAGCAAUGAUAUCGAACACAUCCCUUGCUCAAGGAACUGUUAAUGUCAAUGCCACUACGAACAUAGACAAUAAAGAUGCGAAUGCUGAGAGGAGAGGAGAACAGCUCAUGCGCAGUAAUAGCGAGAGAGAUCGUAAUAGUCACCCGAGAGAGUUUAAUGAUAGUAAUCAUCAACGUGAUGUGUGUCUGGCAAAAUAUAGCUGUCGUGGAGAGGCCGCUAUAUCAAUAUUCCUUCCGGAUACAAGGGAGAAACUCAUUUUAGCACUCGACAAAGUAUGUGAGCGUACACAAGACUUUACAGAUUCAGCUUAUACGACGCACGAACAUCGUGAGAAUAUUCUACUGCUAUGCGAUCGUGCAAAGUUGGAAUUGAAUCAAUUGCUGAGGAUAGCAGUAAAUAUGGAGCAACAUCCAAAUUCCGCAUUUGACAUUGAUUCUUGUGUCGAUAGUGUACUCGGUGCUUCGCAGGAUCUCAUAAAUCAAUUAUUUUUAACGGCACAGGAUCAAGCGUCAGAUUUACCGCAUUUAACAAAAUGUGGAGUCGAAUAUGUGACAUUACUCAGGACAAUCGCCUUAAAUCAUGAAAUUGACAGGCUACAAAACAGCGCUGAUCGUUUUCAUGAACAUAUCGAUCAUAUGUUGGAAAUAUGCAAGCUCUUAAGACAUAUCGCAAUGACGGAAACAUUUCAAGUGCAAGCAAAGUUUUCCGAGAUAAAUGUUCGAAUUUAUGGACCGCAAGUUGUAACUGCAUCAAAAGCUCUCUGCUCAUAUCCAAAUUCGAAAGCAAUGAAGGAGAAUCUCGAGGUGUUUGUUGACAUGUGGCAAUGGCUGACAACUGACAUCACAGCAAUAUCAAAGGACAUAUUGGAUUUAGCACAGACUAAUCUAAAACCGGAAAAGCAGGGCUAUCUCAGUUUGCCACGACCGGGGAAACACGGAACAACAUCAAAGCCUUUAAAACCAACAAGGUUAGACACUGAAGAGCAAGAAAAGAUAGCAAAAAGUGGAUUGGAAAUGAAAAUGAUAACAAACGAAAUGGAUGCAGAAACAGAUAAAUGGAAUAGUACAACAGAUGAGAAUAAUGAUAUAGUGAAGAGAGCAAAGAAUAUGUCAGCAAUGGCAUUCUCAAUGUAUCAGUUUACGAAAGGCCAAGGCAGCUUACGUACAACACAAGACUUAUUUACUCAAGCUGAGUAUUUUGCUGAGGAGGCAAAUCGAUUGUAUAAGGUUGUGCGACAAUUUUCAUAUCAGGUGCCAGCUGGUCAACCAAAAAAAGAACUGCUUGAUCAUUUAGACAAGGUUCCUACAUACGUUCAGACACUCCAAUUCCAAGUGAAAGAGCCAACGGUAGGAAAGUCAGCAACAUUCGUAAAAGUUGACCACGUCAUACAAGAAACCAAAAACUUAAUGAAUAUCAUAUCAAAGGUUGUAUCUACAUGUUUUGACUGUGCAAAUAAGUAUAAGCUGGAUUUCAGUGGUCUAGGACGCUCGAUAGCUGGAAAUGCUCGAGACGAAGAAGGAAAUUCAGGAAUGCAAGGAUCAGAUUCAAAGGGCUCGUCAACUAGCGAAGCGAACAUGUGACAGUACGGGAUGCGUCGUGGAAAAGGCGACGCUCGAAGGACGCGUGUUUCAUUCUUAUUAUUUUAAUAGAAGAAGGAGAACCAGCGGCACAAUUCAUAAAGGGGAUACAUCUACAAAGUGUACUGUUGGCGAUUUUUUUGUGCAUUACAAAUUUUUAUGCUAAACAUCUGUGCAUCCUGAAAAUUUGUUAAGCUAUGCAACAUUAUUUAUGGCCUGGCAAACCAUAAAUAUGCAUAGAUCCAUCAUUAAUAUGCACAUAUUUGCUCCAUCCAACAUUGCAGAUGCGGAGCAUUUUCUGGUAAUUAAAUUGUUAUUUUUAAAAGUGAAAUGAAGCUGAUGAAUGAAUAAUUCAGCAAUUUAUCGGCUAUAAAUACCAGGUCAUCAGGUAAUUAAAUAACAAAUUUAUCAGACAUAAAUCGUCAACAUACACAAAAAAACUUUCAUCCAAUUGAAUUUAUGGGACAUUUUAUGUCCCUUUGUUGACUCCAAAACAACGAUAAAAAAUUAUUGCUUAAAUUAAAGAGCAUUAAAAGCAACAAUAAUGAAAAUCGGAGCCAUUAAUUCAAUGAUGAAAGGAUUGUAGGUGCGAUACACGCCUUGAAUAAAUUUUUGUAUAUAUAAAUAUCCCGAGCAGUCGCUAGGACAUUGCUACGUCGCUAAAUUGAUGAAGAAAUGUCAAAAAGACGUAGAUGUGCCUUAAUGACGUUAUGACUAGAUUAAUAAUAAGCUUACCUAGUUUGAAAUCUAGCUUAACUAGCUCAACUAGCUUGAAUACUAGUCAGUGGCAAAAUAAGAAGCUAUGCCAAUCGGGUUCAUUUAUUCAAGGCGUUUUAAGAGCGUAUAAUAUCCUCAAGAAGCGAAAUUUUGUUGUGCUGCUGGUGCGGAACUAACUACAUCGUAUACUCGAUUAUGUUUUUAUAUAGUUUUAAUUUUAUUUUUAAAUUAUAAAUAUUUAUUCACUCGAAUUUAAUGUUAUUUAAUGAUAUUUCUGUUAAGUCCUGAUUAUUUUUAAGGACAUUUUGGAGACGGGUUGAGUGACUUUGGUGCGAAAAUUGGAAUUUAUGGGAUGGAAAAUCAAUGUUUGAGGUUUAAUGGAUUUUUAAGAAUGAUUUGAGUUACUUUAAAGAGUUCUCUUGAGUUUUAUAGCUUGAGUGGCAAAGAAGUAAAGAAGCGACAAUUUGUAGUCGAUGUAAAGACUUUGUGUCAAUCUUAUAAUCAUAUUCAAAUGCAAAUUGACACUACAGAUGAAUCUAUUGAUGAACAUUUGAACUGCUACGAAGAUCUAAUGAAGAAUAAAGCAACACAAAUCCCUAAAAUUCCAAAAACUAAGGUUAAAAAUGGAAUAGAUCGUCUGAUCUAGAUUACGUCUAUUUUAGAUUAAGUUGACUAUCAAGAUUUACCGAGAUUUGGGUAGUUUAACCAUGAAUUGACCUGUUUCUGAAUUCUUCUUUGUGAAAUGAUUCAGAUAGUGUCUAAUUGAGGGUUCCUAAAUCAAAAUGACGUCUUAGUGUCAAU